CUAUAGAAGCGGCCCUGCAGCGGGACCCCAGGUUACUCAGCUCCUCCUGACCGGUCUGGAGUCUGGGCUGCCGGGCACACAUGUCCCGCUCACCGCCCCUCACCGGGGGAGAGUCUCCCUCCCCGGGGGAGACCAGGGAGAACGGCCUGGAGGAGCAGGAGCAGGAGCAGGAGCAGGAGCAGGAGCAGGAGCAGGAGGACGAGGAGGAGGAGGAGGAGGAGGAAGAUCUGGACGACGAGCUGGACGCUUCUCAGCUCGAGAGGUUCAUGAGGGACCGGAGGAGAGCCAAGUCCCUGCCCGCGUACCCGGCCGCGCUCCUGGAGGAGGUCUCCGGGAGCAACGGGAGGAAGCGGGUGAAGUUCGCCGACUCCAUGGGUCUGAACCUGGCCAGUGUGAAGCACUUCAGCUCGCUGGAGGAGCCGCAGGUCCCCAGUAAAGUCCUGUCCCGGUACCGGAGCUUCCCCCCGCCGCAGCAGGAGCUGCUCAGCGACCUGUGCCAAAGCUUCAAGUCCAGCCUGGUCUCGGACCGACUGGUCGCCUGCUUCCCGGAGCCGCGGGACCCGGAGCGCAGAGUCCAGCGGCUCCGCGUCUGUCUGGAGAAAAUCACCAUCACUCAGUUCGACGUGCGUGGGCAGAUCCGGGUCUUCAGCGGCUGCUCCGGCAGAGAGGUCGGGGUCCGGUACACCUUCAACGACUGGCUGUCCUGCGUGGACGCGCAGGCUCUGGCUGUGGCCGCGGAAGAGCCGGGCAUUGUGGGAGAGCGCUUCUCCUUCACCGUGUACACGCCGCCCUUCAUGGACCCCAGCUCGGCCGUGCACUUCGCCCUGUACCUGAAGAGCGAGGACGGGGAGUUCUGGGACAACAACCAGGGGCAGAACUACAGCCUCCGGUACCGCUGCCUGCCCGGAACCACGGCCUUUGUCAGCGCCGCUUUUCACGCUAUCUGAGCGGUGUGUGCGCCGUGCGUAAAACCUCUCCAUCCGUGCGUAAAACCUCUCCAUCCACCCCAAGUGCGGAAAGAAACUCGUUGAUGUGCAGCUGCUGUUUCCACAUCACAUGUGAAGUUCUGUGUUGUGUUGUGAGUCUUUUGUCAUCAGUGUGUCACAGUGAGAAGAUCCAGUGAUCAUCACCUGUGUCUUUUCUAAACCUCAACUUUCUCCACAAACCUCUGAACCAAAGCUCUGAAGAGCAACAACACAACUCAGACUUUCUGGACACAAACAACAGAGUCUUUGCUGCCUCUGAAUUGUGUGCGACCACAAUCAGGACACGUCCGUGUCAACGACCUGGUGGAUGUCCUGAGCGUCAGUGGACACGGACUCACUCAACGACACAGUGUCUCUGCUGAGAAGGAUUCGUUUGUAAAAGUUUUAUGAAAAAAGAUAAUUUACAAGAAGUUUGGCCCAGUCGUAGAAAAUGUCUCGUUCUUUUCAGCAAGGUACAGGAGAGAGUCACAGCUGGAGACAGUCUUCAUCAUCUUCAUCAAGAAGAACUGAUUGUGUUUGUUCUGAACCUGCAGAGACUCAGUCUGAUUAAAUCUAAACUGCUGACUCCACUUUUACCUUCUGACUAAACUCAUUUACAGGUGACUGUUCAUGAUUCAAAACAACCAGCUGUCUUUCACCAGUGGCUCAGGUGUGAUGUCAUGAUUCUCAGGUGUAUUUUUCAUGUUUGUGAUGUGAUUGAAACCUGUGGAUGAAGAUACUAAGUGGUCCUUGAGUAAAACGAUGCAUCUUUAUCAGAUUUAAUAAUAAAGUAAUUUAUGGGUGAA